AAUUCCCCUCCGGCCUCCAGAUCGCGUUACGCCACGCAUGCUAUAAAAGAGAGAAGGCAGGGCAGGAUCUGCCAUCGGCGCAGCUGUGCGUGGCGGCGGGCAGGGCUCGCUCGCUGCUCUCUGGAUUAGCCGCUGCCCAGGGAUUACAUCGCAGAAGAACUUGAUGGCGGCAUCCUGUGAGAUCAGCAACAUCUUCUCCAACUACAUCAGCGCCAUGUACCAACCCGAGGAGGUGCAGCUGCCCCUGGAUGUGCUGGGAUGCCCCGGGGAGGACAGCAGCAUGGGGCUGAGCCUCUCCACCAGCCAACCCCUGGCAGAGGGCACAGACAAGCCGGAGUGGUUCGGUGAGCUCCCGUACUUCUGGACCAAGGUGCAGGUGCUGGAGUGGAUCAGCUACCAUGUGGAGAAGAACAAGUACGAUGCCAGCUCCAUUGACUUCUCCUGCUGCAACAUGGAUGGGCGCGCGCUCUGCCACUGCACCAGGGACCAGAUGCGCCUCAUAUUUGGGCCGCUGGGGGAUGAGCUGUAUGACCGCCUGCAUGAGAUCACCUCUGAUGAGCUGAGCUGGAUCAUCGAGCUGCUGGAGAAAGAGGAUGCGGAUUCCCAAGAGACCUCUCUGGACAGCAGCCACCUGGAGCUCGGCAAUCCCUGUGCCAAGGACUCCCUGGAGGACCUGAAGCCCACAAACCCUUUCCUCGCCACAGACUUCACCUGCUUGUCUGGCGCCAUGUCCCCAGGCAGCUCUGACCUCUCAGGGCCCGUGAUGUCCCACAGUCCCAACUCCCAGGACUCCGGUGGAAGUGACCUUGACCUCGAUCCCUUGGAAGCAAAGCUUUUUCCUGAGGAUGACUUCGCAGGCAGCAAGAAAGGGGAUGGCAAACAUGGCAAGCGGAAACGGGGCCGGCCCCGAAAACUCAGCAAGGACAGCAGAGAGUGCCUGGAGGGUCGGAAAAGCAAGCACUCCCCACGAGGAACUCACCUGUGGGAGUUCAUCCGUGAUAUCCUGAUCCACCCCGAGCUGAACGAGGGGCUGAUGAAGUGGGAGGACCGACGUGAGGGCGUCUUCAAGUUCCUGCGCUCCGAGGCGGUGGCUCAGCUCUGGGGGCAGAAGAAGAAGAACAGCAGCAUGACCUACGAGAAGCUGAGCCGAGCAAUGCGAUAUUACUACAAACGGGAGAUCUUGGAGAGGGUCGAUGGACGCCGCCUGGUCUACAAGUUUGGGAAGAACUCCAGUGGAUGGAAGGAGGAGGAGGUGCUCAACAGGAACAAGGAGCUGUAGGAGCCCCAGAUCAGCCCCUGGCUCCUUGGCAGGAGUUUUUUUGCAUGCAGACGGACUGGAAGUUGCUGCCCCAUGCAGCACGUGGCACUCCGAGCCUUGCGUGGGCACAUUCAUGUGUGCUGGUGUCCACCAGCACCAAGGUGUUUAAAGCUAAUAUUUUGGCUCCAGUAGGUUAUUGUAAACCAUUAUUUCUCUUGCUGGAUUUGUACCUCCAACUGGAGAGGCAGUGACUUUGGGACUUUGUCUGUUUCAAAGCCUGGACAAGAACAAUGGGGAAGAGAAGCGUGAGUGGCAUCAGGCACUGAUGUGAUGGUGCAGCAGGUUCCUGCUGGCACCCACCUGUGACUUGUCCCAGCCACCUGCUCCCUGUGGGAUGGGUGAAGCCCCUCCGUGCAGCGUCUCAGAGCAAUGUCUGCCACGAGAAGAUGGAAACACUGCAGAGCUUCACCUGAUCCUGGCAAGCCCAAAGAGCGCCCAAGGACUGAGUUCACCAGGACUUGGCUGCGUUUCCAGCCCCGCUCCCCAGGAACAGGCUUUUUCCCUAAGAGUAGCUUCUAAUUUAUGUAAGAGAAAAUGAACAUACAGAUAUAUUUUUUCAUGUGUAAGGCGUUCUCGCGUGAUGGUGUGCACUGUAGGGCACAUGCAUGUCCUGCAUUGCUCACAGGAGGUGAUGCUCAGCUGGACUGAAGUGAUAUCAGGGGGCACAGGCUGGAACUGUGUUAGCCCUGGGAGGGAGAUGCCGACCCACCAGGCACCCACAGAUCCCUCCUUCUGAGCUGGGAAUGUCAGAGGAAUAAACUGUUGUUUAGUUGGGGUUUUGUAA